CGGAGACCAAAACCAUCACAUCUGCUCGGAUCACAGCCAUCGAUGUUUGCUGGUGUGCAAUCGCAGUUGGGGUCGGCAGUGCAGGUACCAGCAGAGGUGCCAGAGAUGAGGAAGACCAAGAGGCACAAGAAGCCAAAGAUAAAAAGAUGAAUUGA